AUGAUAUUUCAUCGUUUAACGCUUCUUGCAUCAUUUCUAUCUCGUCCUUCUAAUUCUCUUAUACAUUCUCAUCAAUGUCGAUUAUUUAAAUUCAAUCCAAAUCGUCAAUUUUCAUUGACAAAAGUUCGCCCACGUGGCGAUCGUCCAGCACCAUCAAUAAAAGAUGCUGCCAAAAAACCUAAAGUAAAAUUAACAUAUAGUGAAUUGGGAAAACUUUUUCGUUUAGCACAACAUGAAAAAGGUCGUAUUGGUUGUGCUAUCGGUUUAUUAUUUAUCUCGAGUGGUGUUACCAUGUCUGUACCAUAUUUUCUUGGAAAAAUCAUUGAUAUGCUACAGACAUAUAAACACGAUGAACUUCGUACUCGUUUAAAACAGAUGACAUGGUUUCUCGUUGGUAUAUUUGGAGUAGGGGCAUUAGCUAAUUUCGGUCGUGUGUAUUUAAUUUUAACAACAGCACAACGCAUAAUAAAACGUAUACGUCAACAAUUGUUUAAUGGUAUAUUGCGAAAAGAAAUGGCUUUUUUUGAUAAACAAAAAACGGGCGAACUUGUCAAUCGUUUAUCAUCGGAUACUGAAGUUAUGUCGAAUGCUGUAACACAAAAUAUAUCUGAUGGUCUUCGUGCCUUAACACAAUCGAUUGCUGGUGUUGGUCUUAUGUUUUAUAUAAGUCCACAUUUAGCAUUAGUUGGCCUAACAACAGUACCACCGCUAGCCGUUGGUGCCAUUGUUUUCGGAAGAUAUAUUAAACGAUUAUCUGCUAAAGUACAAGAUGCACUUGCGAAAGCAACCGAUGUCGCUGACGAACGUUUCUCAAAUAUAAGAACGGUUAAAGCAUUUUCGAAAGAAGAUCAAGAAGUUGAGUUAUACAAUCAACGCGUUAGUAGUGUAUUACAAUUGAAAUAUAAAGAAUCAUUAGCUUAUGGGCUAUUUUAUGGAAUGACUGGUUUAUCAGGAAAUAUAAUUGUAUUGAGUGUUUUUUAUUUUGGUGGAAUUUCAAUGAGUGAAGAAGCAUUAACUAUAGGAGAUUUAUCAAGCUUUUUGCUAUAUGCAUUUUGGGUUGGUGUAUCUAUAUCGGGUUUAUUUUCAUUUCAUCUUGAAUUGAUGAGAGGUGUUGGAGCAAGUCAAGCAGUAUGGACAAUUUUAAAUGAAGAUCAUAAUGAAAAAAUGAUUGCUUCAAGUCAACUUCAACGUACAAUUCAUGGAGAACCAUUAACAUCGACGUUGAUGCUUCGUGAUAUAACAUUAGAUGCAAUUUCAUUUCGUUAUCCGACUCGUCCGGAUGUGCUUGUUCUUGAUAAUUUAACACUUCGUGUGCCUGGUGGUCGAGUAAUGGCCAUAUGUGGUAGUUCUGGUUCAGGAAAAUCAACUAUAGCUCAAUUAUUGCUUCGCUUUUAUGAACCACAAACAGGACAAAUACGUAUUGGAAAAGUUCCUAUUAAUGAAAUGCCACUUCAAUGGCUUCGCUCGAAUAUUGGCACCGUACCACAAGAACCCAUCCUGUUUUCCUCAUCAAUCUAUGAAAAUAUUGCCUAUGGACAUCCAAGUGUAGAAGAAAAUUUAUCGGAAACUAUUCUCAGAAAUAAAGUUACACAAGCUGCUAAUACAGCAAAUGCAAGUGGAUUUAUUGAACAAUUACCUGAGAAAUAUGAAACGAAAGUUGGCGAAAGGGGAACAAUGUUAUCAGGUGGACAAAAACAACGUGUUGCAUUAAGUCGAGCAAUUCUACGAGAUCCGAGUAUUCUCGUUCUUGAUGAAGCAACAUCAGCACUUGAUGCUCAAUCGGAAUAUUUAGUUCAAGAAGCUCUCGAGAAAAUCAUGGUCAAUAGAACUGUAAUUAUCAUAGCGCAUCGUUUAUCAACAAUAAUUAAAGCUGAUCAAAUAGCUGUACUUGAUAAAGGACGCAUUGCCGAGCAGGGCACCUAUGCAGAGUUAAUGAGCAUCGGGAAUGGAAUAUUUCGAAGAUUAGUUUCUACACAAACAAUGGUUGAUGUAGAUGAAUAA